UUUUUUUUUGUUUUUUUGUAGUGUGAUACCCCGUACAGCGCGUGCCACUUCUCUAAUUUUCGUUGGCCAACAAGAAAAAAAAAGGAACACACACACACUCACAUUCAAUAACAACAGCAGUAAUUUACACAAAAGAAGAAAAACUAUAUAUCUAGGUAAUAAUGGGUAACGUGGUAGCGGCAUCAUCCGGCAUCGAGCCAACGGCGGCGCGCAGCAACAGCGUUGCGGCAAGUCUCGGGCUGCCGGAACCAGCGCAACUGAGCAGCAGCAGAAGCGGCACAGAUGGAGCAGCAGCCACAUUGAUUGCGGCCGAUGUGGGCGAUGCGUCCAAGGAGCACACACUCGAGAAUCCCGGCACCGUUGAGGAGUUGCACAAGAAAUGCAAAGAUGUACAGGCCAUCACAUUUGAGGGGGCCAAGAUCAUGCUGAACAAAGGGCUGAGCAAUCACUUUCAGGUAUCGCACACGAUCAACUUGAGCACCACAGUGCCAAGUGGCUAUCGCUUUGGGGCCACCUACGUGGGCACCAAGCAAUACAGCCCAACGGAGGCAUUCCCCGUGCUCCUGGGUGACAUUGAUCCCUCUGGCAAUCUCAAUGCCAAUGUCAUACAUCAGUUCAGUUCGCGUCUGCGCUGCAAGUUUGCCUCGCAGAUUCAAGAGUCCAAGGUGAUGGCCACACAGCUGAGCACAGAUUAUCGAGGCAAUGAUUUCACCGCCUCGAUCACUCUCGGAAAUCCGAGCAUAUUCACCAAUUCCGGCGUCAUCGUUGGCCAGUAUCUGCAGUCGGUGACACAGCGCACAGCUCUCGGCGCUGAGGUCGCCUAUCAGUAUGGACCCAAUGUCCCUGGACGCCAGAUUGCCAUCGUCUCUGCUCUGGGACGCUAUACCAACGGCGACUCGAUUUGGUCGGGCACUUUGGGUCCCAGUGGAUUGCAUCUGUGCUACUAUCAAAAGGCCAGCGAGCAGCUGCAAAUUGGCGUCGAGGUGGAGACAAGUCUCCGCAUGCAGGAAUCCGUCGCUACGAUUGCCUACCAAAUCGAUUUGCCCAAGGCCGAUCUGGUCUUCAAAGGCUCCAUUGACUCCAAUUGGCACAUUUCGGGAGUGUUGGAGAAGCGUUUGCAGCCUUUGCCAUUCUCGUUUACGCUGAGCGGGCGCAUGAAUCAUGUGAAGAACAACUUUAAGCUCGGCUGUGGACUGAUGAUUGGUUAAUCGAUAAAUCGAUUAAUCGAUACCACACACACACACAUACCAACACACACACACACGGAGAAAGAGAGUCGAUAGCAUUCACACACACACACACAGUUUUCACAGAGCAAUAGAAAGGAAGAAAAAAGGAAAAGGAUUUUUGGAGCAUGCUCAACACACAAACACACACUCACAUGUAUAGUUAUAUACAUACACACACACACAUACACACAACUGCAGCAAGUCAAGCAUAAUUGUUCAUUUGUUUUAAAUCUGACCUCAUCAACGCUUUUGAUCAUUUGACAUUUCCAACAACAACAACCACAACAACAAAUUGCAAAAUGUAAAUGUAAAAAUUCGAAAACUCCCUAGGCCACUCCCCCAACCCCCCUUUCCACCCACCAACCCCUUCAGCAACUAGAAGCAACAGCGACAUGAGGCAACUAAAAAAACAAAAAAACGGGUGCAAAAUUUAUCAGCAAUUAGUACAAGACGAAGAAGAAGAUGAAGAAGAGAGGAAGCAGCAUAGAAAGAGAUGGAAAUAAAAUGUUAUGUUAUGUAAAAAAACACAAAAAGAAACAUUUGAAAAUACACAAAUUGUGCUGUAUUCAAAUCAAACAACAAUAAACUUAAGUUGUGCCCAUCCCCUCAUCCCACCCCGCCCCUUUCAUCCCUCUGCACAUUUCCAAUUCCAUUACAAAAACAAAAAACAAAGAAAACCAGAUGAAGAAAGAAACAGUUAUCUAAUUUCUACACUUAAGAUUGCUUCCUAAAACUAAAAAGAGAGAAAAAUGAAUUUGUGGCGCAUUUACAAAACAUUUGUUCCUCCUGCCAGAGCCCCAGUCGUAAAAAGUAACGAGUAGCGAGUAACGAGUAACGAGUGGAAAGAAGAACGAGCAGCGUAUGAAGAAAAAGAAACAACAACAAAACGGAAAAUGCAAAAUGCAAAACAACAAAACUGCUUUAAGUUUAUAAUGCUUAAAUUAUAAAUUAGUUUCUAGUUACACAAUGACACAUUUACAUACAACAAAAUUUGUUAAACAAUUUGAAACCAAUGUUUUUUUUUUCGUGUGGGCAAAAACAAAAAAAAAAACAUUAAAAAUAAAACAAAAAAAAACGCAAAAUAUGUUAAAUAUAUAUGCAA